AUGCUGGGUCUAGUGUUUAUGUGGACGUUUAUUUUCCCUGUGACCAACAGCGUGGGGUUCCGGACCCGCUUUGGUUGUACCCUGGGAGCGGACUGUACUCCAGGAAAUGAUCUGAAAUGCAGAACAAAGUACUUGGACGAAAUGGAAGAAGAAGAAAUGCAGUGGGAGUGGACGGAGGGCUUCGGACCCUCCGAGCCGACAACGCUACAAUCUACUGUCCAUCGAAAUGGCGACGUUACUGAUUUUACACUUCAGUGGAGAGGCCCGGACGAUUCUUCCGUUCGAGAUCUGCAGGGAUUUCAAAUCGAAUUCGAAGAUGGAGAUAUCUUUCACGAAUAUGUUAUGGAUCUUCGAGGAAAUGAUUUAGUUUUCCAGAAACCCAAUGCCACGAGGAUAACCUACCAUAUGACGUGUCACCAUAGCAACCCCUUCUCAGAAGCCGUGACACUGCGUGUUUACGUCACGAGUCUACCGAAGUCCUUCAACCCUGACCUCACUGACAAGGUCAUCAGGGGCAACAUUUCCAUUUUCAUUCCAAAAUUCAUAGCUCCAAACAUUCCCAGAGAUGUCCUGAGUACCCAGAGCCUCAGAACUUUAAGGAACGAAGAGACAUCUACGACAAAAGGAGUCGGAAAUAUUCCAUUUAUCAUCCUAGCUAUUAUUUUGUCAUUUAUCGUCUUUGUAGGAAUUCCGGUGUUCCUAAAGUUCAAAGGCUCCGAAAAGGAAUUUGAAGACUGUGAUAUAAGAAGCGGCCUUAAAGAUACAACUCCAAAGAAAAUUUUGAUAACUGAAGAAACACAGAAAAGAAUGUGCCAGGAAGUCUGUGUUCCAUUUAUUGUCGAGUACGAAACAAUGACGACGCUUCCGCGUUGUGAACCGUGCUACCAACAUAUGGACAGCUACGAUUCCGGUUUUCAUUCGGAAUGCACGGUGCCUUUCGCUAUUGAUUCAGAUUCAAAAUGUGAAACAGAGAAUGAAAUUAUAGCAAAAUCAGAAAAGCAAACAAUGUUACCCAGGAAUAGUGAAGUGAAAGCGGACGUCGAUGUACGGCGUCCCGCAUUCUCGUGGUUUCACGCCCCGCCAUCAGAAGCUGGAUCAAUGACGUCACUGGACUCUGAAGUCUUGGAGAAGGAAAUUCUCAGGAUAAAUAAAUUUACUACCGGAGAAGACGAAAAGGGGUGAUUCUUAACCAGACGUCAAUUUUUAUAAGUUUAUCUGUUCCUAUAUUUAAGAAACUGAAGAAUUAUUUGAAUAUC